AUAUUGCUUCAGUAACCUUCAUCCUCCAUCACUUGCACGCUUCACCUACUGCUACUUCGAACGCAUACCCAUUCUCAUAACAUUUCUAUCAAUUAUCUGCUGGCUCAGAUGACACAAUCAACUUCUUACCCCUCAUCGCACGGUCCUGAUUCUUUCAACGCAACUGACGUAUCUUUGCUUGGUGUAGAUGCUGGAGUUGUGCAUCACACGUUUCAAGCAGGACAACAUGGUCAUUGCCUCACUGCAGUGACCGAUCUCUCACAUGCCACUCGUGCUGGUCCAAACCCACCACUAAUUGCUUCUGCUGCUCUCCCUCAACAGCCAUCCGAAGCGAGCUCUGCGUCCUCGUUUCUCCCUCAAGCACCAAAGCGCGUUGCGGAAGACCUCCAAGACCCUAACGUCAAGCGAAUCAAAAUAGGUUCCGGCAAGAUAGUCAACGACCCGCUUUUUAAACCCGUGUUGAAUCGAUGUGGGCAAUACGAUGGGGAUUACUUUAUGUGUUCUAAAGAUGGCUUGGUCAUCCGUCCUGGCAAUUAUGAACAGCAUAUCAAGACAGCAAGACAUCUAGAUCACGAACUAAUGCUAUUUGGAUGCCCUCGUUGUCGCAAAACUUUUGCUCGACAGGAUGUCUGCAAGAGGCAUUGGGACGAUAUUUGUGGGAAGCUAGCAGCUCAUGAUGGCGUUCAGCUAUCCUACUCAGCCGCUUGCAAGGCUUCCAUAAGUUUUGCUUCUGCUUCACCUAUGAGAGUACCCACUGCCAGUUCACGCGAGACCCUCACGAUAACGUCCGAUAGCUCAUUACAAGAGAUCACGCGAACAGAGGCGACCAAAGACACCCCAGAACCAGAUCCUCGGGCAGCUAGUGAGAUACAGGACCCUCCUUUGGUGACACCCGUGCUUCCUGAAGGACAAGACAUUGCAUUCGCAGAAGUCCAUGAUACUUUGGCGGGUAAUGCGAUAGAUGACCCUGCUUUGGUGGCACCCGUGCUUCGCCCAUCUGAAGUACAAGACACCACACCGGCAGAGGCUUACGAUGCUUCUGCUAUCGAGACACAGGACCCUACUUUGGUGACACCCGUGCUUCCCUUAUCUGAAGGACAAGACAUUUCACUCGCAGAGGUCCACGAUACUUUGGCAGGUAAUACGAUAGACGACCCUGCUUUGGUGGCUACCGUACUUCCCCUCAUCUGAAGUACGAGAGACUACACGGUUUGGCGGCCACCCUCCUUUGGAGGACUACGACUUCGUGGAUUCUGUCCCUCUCAUAUCUAGCACCACAUGUUCUUUUCAUACUCUGCCAUAGCGCACCACCUCUCGUUCAUUCUCAUUACUGUUAUUGUUAUCAUCAUCCUUAGACUGAAUGCAAACAUUCCUG